GUUAUAUACAGCAUGUAAGGACGAUGCUGGCACCGAUCAUUCUGAAACGAAUUUUGUGGUUGAAGUGGCCUGGUUGUGUUAGCUAGUCGAAGUUUGAUCGCGAUGAUGGCGUUGUCUAAAUGGAUUUUGAGAAGUCUUAUGGAAAGGUACCGACUUCCAUGGAUGUGUAGAAAUAUGUGUGCAAGUGCACCUUUAGUUGGUGUCCAAACACAGCCUCGUCCAAGAGAAAUUCAGGAAGACACCGCCAACUCCAUCAAAACGGAUACAAGAAAGAAAUACUUUGCUGACAAGAAUGUGUUACCAUUUUCUGAGUUUUUGACAGAUACCUUUGGAAGAACACAUAAUUAUCUAAGGAUUUCAUUGACAGAGAAAUGCAAUCUGCGAUGUCAGUACUGUAUGCCAACAGAUGGUGUAGAAUUAACUCCUAAGCAGCGUCUGCUCUCCACGGAAGAGAUCGUAAAGAUAGCAAAGUUAUUCGUCAGUCAGGGUGUUGAUAAAAUCCGCCUUACUGGUGGAGAGCCACUUGUUCGAAGAGAUGCUAUUGAGAUUGUUCAGGAGCUUGGACGCUUGAACCUCAGAUGUCUUGCCAUGACAACCAAUGGAAUUGUCCUGAAAAGAAAAUUGCCAGCAUUGAAAGAAGCUGGUCUGAAUCUAAUUAAUAUUAGUCUGGACACCCUUGUACCUGCCAAGUUUGAGUUCAUUACAAGAAGAAAAGGUUGGCAGAGGGUAAUGGAGAGCAUAGACGCUGCUAUUGAUCAUGGUUAUAAACCUGUCAAAGUCAACUGUGUUGUCAUGAGGGGAUUCAAUGAAGACGAGAUUGUAGAUUUUGUGGAUUUUACAAAAAAUAAGUCAGUUGAUGUACGUUUUAUUGAGUACAUGCCUUUUGAUGGCAAUAAAUGGAACGCACACAAGAUGGUUCCUUUCCAAGAGAUGGUCAGCACUAUAAGACACAAGUACCCAGAUUUUGAGAAGGUACCUGAUGAAGUUAAUAACACAUCCAAGGCAUAUAAAGUACCUGGAUUUCUUGGUCAAGUUGGUUUCAUAACUUCUAUGAGUAACAUAUUCUGUGGUUCAUGCAAUCGUGUCAGAAUGACAGCUGAUGGAAAUUUGAAGGUAUGUCUAUUCGGGAAUACUGAAGUGUCGUUGCGAGAUGCCAUGAGGUCUGGUAUGUCUGAUGAUGAGUUACUACAACUUGUUGGUGGUGCAGUAGGAAGAAAGAAGAAACAACAUGCAGGCAUGUUUAAUAUCUCCAAGAUGAAGAAUCGACCUAUGAUACUUAUUGGUGGCUGAAAUCUCUUCACUUUCGACUGAAGUAAUAAUUUAGUGUAUGAUUUGAAAAUCAACAAUGAAAGACAUUUAAGAAUUCAUGGACCUAAUACAAUCUUGACUGGACUUGCUAUUAAUGCCAGAAAUAUGACUCUAACUGGGUAUCCAAGGCUCUAUAGCACCAAGGAUGCGAAACCUUCACUAACUCAUAUUGAUGAGGCUGGUAAAGCCAAAAUGGUGGAUGUAGGCAACAAAGCGAUCACUAACAGAACUGCUGUUGCUGUUGGACAAGUUUUUCUUGGAGCUGAAGCAUUCAAACUCGUCAGUGAAAAUAAAAUGAAAAAAGGGG